GCAAAUAUUUCAUUUCGACAAAAUUCGCAAUUCCCGCGCUAUUGUUACUUUUUACUUAAUCAUCGAACAUGGAGGCUCCAGCGGACGAGACCUCCGUCCUCAUCAUGGGGCAUCGCGUAGCCUUCCCCGCUGGUAAGAACCCGUUCCCAGCGCAGCUAGCCGUUAUGAGUAGCACGUUGUCGGCACUGAAGCGCAAGCAGCACGCGCUGGUGGAGUCUCCCACGGGAUCAGGCAAGACGCUGGCGCUGCUGAGCUCAUGCCUCACGUUCCAGCGCGAUUAUAUGGAGGAAGCCAUGGCUAAAUACUACCAGAGGAGAGUGCAGCAGCAGCAACAACAGCAAAUGCAGCAGCUUAGAGCGCAGCAACAGCAGAACCAGAACCAAAGUCAAAUAAACCAGGUUACAGGCUGGGACGACGACGCCUUUGGCCUCCUGCAACGCAGUCUUAAGAGGUUUAAACGAGAGAACGGAGCUGCUGCUGUGGAUGUUAUUGAUCUUACCGCCAGCAGCACACAAGAGAGUGCACUGCCGACGACGCCAGAGACUCAGGAAUUGUAUCAGGAGAGUCAACAACAAUCGCAACAAGUGAAGCAGGAGGGUGAAGACGAGACUGCGUUCGGGCCUAGUGAUCUUAAAAGUAACGAGCCGCCUGUUCCUCCGAAGAUUUUUUUUCUGUUCGCGAACGCACUCUCAGCUGACACAGGCGGUGGACGAGUUGAAAAGCUGUCCGGCUUCGUACAUGCGAGCAAUUCCUGGGUCUACAGAGCUGCAAUCUUGUGUAUUGGCUGCAAAGCGUUUACUAUGUGUGAAUGAAGAUGUGAAUAGUGAGCCGAUGUUCGUGAAUGAAAAAUGUCAGGAGCUGCGGAUAGAGAAGGAGCGAAGACGCAUGGCAGGAGACAUGGAGGAUGAAGGCGGAUGCAAGUACAGCCAAACGAGCUUCAGUCGGCUACGUGCCCAAUCGCCACAAGUAUGGGACAUUGAAGACAUUUCCAAGCUGGCUUCAACUUGCGAGGAGUGUGCGUACUUCUUCUCCAAGAAUGAACUCGAGACCGCACAUGUUGUCUUCUGUCCAUACAACUACAUACUGGAUCCGUCAAUCCGGAAGGCCGUCGGCAUUUCCCUGCAAAAUUCCAUCGUGGUGCUGGACGAAGCCCACAACGUUGAAGACACGUGUCGUAGUGGUGCCAGCCUUGAGAUCACCAACAAUAUGCUGUCUAGUGCUAUUAAGUCUUUCGACGACGUUAUUUGGCAAGAAGAUGAAGGUUAUCAGCCCCCAGCUUACGACGCCGUGCGUCAUAUGUUGAGCUCUGUCGAAACGUGGUUCACAGUUAACGAAGAAUUGGUAAGAGAUCCCGAAGACGUAGACGAUGAUGAUUGCCAUGUGCUGUGGAGCACUGAGGAUGCACUGGACGUACUGUGUCAGUGCAAAUUAAUUGAAGUGUCCGACGCUGACAUCGCAGAGAUCGCUCAACAUGAACAGUUGAAACUAGCUACCCCGGGUAAGAAAUUUUUGUUGAGUAACAGUGCCUUGAACACUGCCACGAGGUUGAUUUCCGUGGCUACGUACAUGUUCAGCAACAAUGGCAAGAACGCAGACGAUUUCAAGUUGCUGAUUACCAAAAAGAUGAGGCUAAACGAUGAAGGAGAAGAAGUGAUUGACACAAAGUUGUGUAUUUGGUGUCUAAGUGCAGCGGUGGUGUUCGCAGAGGUGGCGCGCAAUUCACACAGUGUGAUCCUCGCAUCGGGAACACUCAGUCCUAUGGAUUCAUUCGCUGGGGAACUUGGUGUGGAGUUCCCGAUUCGUCUAGAAGCUAACCAUGUGGUGAACAUGCGCAAGCAAGUAUUUGUCGGCGCACUUAUGAAUGGACCGGGAGGUGUCGAUUUAUUAUCAACUUACAAGAAUCAACAGAAUUUCCAGUAUCAAGACUCGAUGGGAUACUUGUUAUUGCAGUAUGCCCAGAUGAUUCCAGGUGGAAUUCUCAUGUUCUUCCCGUCGUAUGCGCUGAUGGGCAUCUUGAAGGCGCGAUGGGAGCGUACGGGGAUCUGGGCCAAGCUUGAAAAACACAAGAAAAUGUUUAGUGAACCUCGCCAGGGUGGGAAAGAUUUUGACGAACUACUUGACAAGUACAAGAAUAUUAUUGCCCAGCAUGCUGCCACCCGCGAUGUACCUAGUGGAUGGAUCAAUGGCAACUCUGAACCACGAGAAACCGGAGCGAUUUUCCUUGCUGUUUAUCGUGGAAAAGUAAGUGAAGGUAUCGAUUUCUCCGACGACAACGCGCGAGCAGUGCUUGCUGUUGGAAUUCCGUUCCCAAAUUUCAAGGAUCUCAAAGUAUCGUUAAAGCGCGAGUACCAGGACAACAAAUCACGUGAUGAUCGGAGAUUGGUGAACGGUUCUUGGUGGUACAAAUUGCAAGCGUUUCGAGCACUCAACCAAGCACUAGGUCGUUGCAUUCGACACCGCCGUGAUUACGGUGCAAUCUUGUUGAUCGACUCCCGACAUCGCAAUAACAUACACGGGAAUUCGCUCUCCAAGUGGAUGAGACCACACGUUCAGGAAUUUCGAUCCUCAGAAGACUGCAAUUCUCUUUUUGCUGAGUUUUUUCAAAGGAACCAAGCAGAGACGCCGGUGAUGGUUCCUGUACUAGAACCAGAACCAGCGCCAGCACCGUUGGUACCGACACCAGGACCGUUCGUACUGGAGUAUGAAGACGAUAUUUCGAUUAAAGCAGAGGCUCAGACUGUGCCAUAGUGGAAAUUUUGAAUUGGUAAAAAGUCAUUUAAAUUGAAUUGAUGAAGCGCCGGAAACUAGCACACGUCGCAGGUGUGUUGAAAAGGAACUUGUGUACGGCUAGCGGGAUGAGAGUUUGACCAGAGCAGCCGCCUUGAAUGUCGUCAGAUGCGUACUUAAUGGUCGGUGUCAGCAAGUCUUGAAGGAAUUUUGUGAGUUUGCGAGCAAUGCGUUCGUUGCUGACGAACAUCAACAUCACUGCAUCCGGGUUUUCACCAAGCACGAACCAGUUCAGAAUCGCCGAGCAGAGUUCGCAGCGCUUGCCGGAGUGUGCAGAGCUCACGAUUUUGUGGAGUUCAUCAGCAACGUCCUUAAAGUCGGAUUGCUCUCGUUCAAUUCGCACUGCGGGUUCCGUCGAUGCAGUUGAUAUACCAGAGCAAGAGGUGGAAGGAACCAUGAACACUUCGACUGUGUAUCGCGUCUUGCUGCCCUUUUUUUUUCCAGAGGCUGAAAUGCGGACGGCGUCGACCUCCUUGAGCUCCUGCAGUGCAUUUCUUCGAGCCGAUGCACUGGCAGAUUCCGACUUCGAUGGUAGCAGCACUUGGAGCGUCGCACCCCAUCGGUCCGUGAGACCUGGCAGCAUUAUUGCGGUUCUUGAGUUGGUUUCGACUGAGGUGAACUACGCAGAUUUGAAAAUGAACCUUGGACGCCAAAGGCAAGAGUGCUCUUGACGUGGACGGUUGAGUCAAGUCACCGCUGGACCAAUGGCAUUGGCUCCCACAACUACGUCUACUUCAGCCAAGUUGCGUGAAGAGCCCAGCUCCUCUCAUUUUGAUUGUUUAGUUGUACUGAGUGUCAUCCAAACCGUGAAGUCAUCUAAUCUCACAGGUAGUACAGUGUGCACCCCGCUUUCGCGGGAGUGGACCAUAUAGGAUUUGCAAAUACAUCAUGUUUCAGCGUAG